AUGCGCUCGAAAGGGUUUUUUCAUGGUGACAGCCCAUUUGACCAUGCAACUCCUACAGUUCUGGCUCAACUCAGCUUAUCUUCUUUACUCAGUGUCUUAAUGCAAUACAUUCUCAGCCCACUUGGUGAAAGUGCUUUCAUUUCAAUGAUGCUGGUAGGAUUUAUGCUGGGACCAACUCUUUGGGGAGAUAAUAAUUCAUUCUUGUCAUCUGUGUAUUCAAAGAAAAGCAUCCAUGUCAGUGGGACAUUUGCUUUCUUUGGAAGUGCUCUUUACAUGUUUAUGAUUGGUAUAAAAAUGGACAUGGGAAUGAUGAAGAGAUCAGGAAAGAAAGCUGGGGUUAUAGGCUUCCUUACCUUCUUGUUUCCGAUAACACUGAACUUAAUUGUGGUUGAAAUUCUAACCAGCAGUAUGGAAAUGGGACCAGCUCUACAUGAUUCGGUUUAUUACAUUGCAGUUUUUCAAUCUGUUACCACCUUUCAUGUCAUUGUCUCCCUUUUGGCUGAUCUGAAGCUCCUAAACUCAGAGGUUGGCCAGUUAGCAAUAUCUUCAUCAAUGGUCAGUGGUGCAUUUAGGCGUCAUGUGCUACUCGGAGCUGCUGUUUUAGGCAUAGUUGUACCGCAUGGGCCUCCAUUAGGAUCAGCAUUAGUGAACAAGAUUGAAUCAUUUGUUUCUUCCAUUCUUAUGCCGAGCUAUUUUGUGUUCAGUGUUGCAGGCAUCGACCUACUUUCGAUACAUUGCGAAAAGGUUAUUGUUAUCAGUGUUCUUGGUUUAAGUAGCUUCAUUGGGAAAGUUUUGGGUGGCAUGUUGCCUGCACUCCACUUCAAAAUACCACCUGGUGAAGCAUUUCUAUUAGGCCUUGUAAUGAGUUCUCAAGGCGUUUCUGAUGUCCUGCUCUUACAGCAUGGCAGAAUCCUCCAUCUUCUCGACCGUCAAAUGUACAGUAUCAUGGUCAUAAACAUGGUUUUUCUGUCAGGAACCUUCACACCUGUAAUCAAAUUACUCUAUGAUAAAUCCAGGCAUAAUGAAUCCUUCAAUAAAAGAACGAUCCAACAUACUGGUCUCGAUAUGGAAUUUCGCAUCAUGACCUGCAUAUACCAUCAGGAUUCCACCCCUUGUAUCAUUAGACUUCUUGAAGUUUCCAAUCCAACAGCCAGGACUCCCAUGUGCUGUUACGUAGUCCACCAGGUCCAGCUUGCUGGCAGUUUAACCCCUCUCCUCGUGUAUCACAAGCCUGGAAUGAAUGCAAAAUGUAAGAUUAAGGGUUCCAGCCAUAUCAUAAAUGCCUUCAGAUCGUACGAGCAACAGAACAAUGGUAAUGUUAUUGUCAACUUAUUCACAUCCAUUUCGCCUUUCGCUACCAUACACGAGGAAAUUUGUAGGCUUGCUGUAGAGAAGAGAACAUCCGUGGUGAUUAUCCCAUUUCACAGGCAAUGGAGACUUCAUGGCAUACAAGAAAUUGCAGAAGCCAGGUCAGUUAAUCGUCACAUACUGGCAAAGGCUCCAUGCUCAGUAGGGAUCCUUGUCGAUCGAGGCACCUUAAGUGCCUCAAAAAACCAUAAUAUAUACGACAUUGGAGUUAUUUUUGCUCAUGGGAGAGAUGACAGGGAAGCAUUAGCAUAUGGUUUGCGAAUGGCUCAACACCCUAAAGUUGCUCUCACCGUGAUCCAUUUGAUCGAUCCUGACAGGACAUCCAAGCCUUCUCUUGAUAUGGAGCUUGACAAUGACAUUAUCUCCGAGUUUAAGAUCGAAACUGUCAGAAAAAAGCAGCAUUCCUACAGGCAGGAAUUCGCAAAGGACAGCGUAGAAUUGAUCAAGGUGAUUAGAUCUGUCGAAAAUUCAUUUGAUCUAAUUUUGAUGGGGAGAUACCAUGACAACUUAUCACCAAUGUUUAAGGGACUUGGCGAAUGGAAUGAGUCUCCAGAGCUGGGAUUCAUGGGAGACAUCCUAACAUCAUCAGAUUCCGAGUGUCAGGUUUCUUUGCUUGUGGUGCAACAACAUGUGUAUAGAACUCAAGACAGGAUGAAUAGUGCUAAAAACCUGUUGGAAGAUUCAGCAGAAACCGUAGGAUUUGCCCUGGGACCAACUCUUUGGGGAGAUCAAAAUCCAUUCUUGUCAAAAGUGUAUUCCAAGAAGAGCAUCCAUGUCAGUGAAACAUUUGCUUUCUUUGGAUGCGUUCUUUAUGUAUUUUUGCUUGGAAUAAAACUGGACCUGGGAAUGGUGAAGAGAGCAGGUAGGAAACCUGUGGUUAUCGGCUUCCUUACUUUCUUGUUUCCCGUAACAUUGAACAUAAUCAUGGCUACAAUUCUAACCAUAACUAUGGAAAUGGGACCAGCUCUACGUGAUUCUCUUUAUUUCAUUGCGAUUUUUCAAUCUGUUACCACCUAUCAUGUCAUUGUCUCCCUUUUGGCUGAUCUGAAGCUCAUAAACUCGGAGCUUGGCCAGUUAGCAAUAUCUUCAUCGAUGAUCAGUGGCACGUGUAGUUGGGGACUGGCUCUCCUUGUUUUAAUCAUAGAGCCAAGCUCAGGUGAAUCCAAAGGUGCGACUGCAUGGAUGGUAGUUUAUGCUCUAUUUCUGGCGAUAUUCAUAUUCUUCUUCUUAAGGCCCCUUGUGAUUCGGAUGAUUGAAAAAACUUCGGAAGGAAAGCCAGUCAAACAGGGAGAUAUUUUCUCCAUCUUUAUCAUGAUAUUAGGAUGCGCUUUCGCUAGUGAAUUUUUUGGGCACCAUGUGAUAUUUGGGGCUGCCGCUUUGGGGGUGGCAGUACCGCAUGGACCGCCAUUAGGAUCGGCAUUAGUUAACAAGAUGGAAUCGUUUGUUUCUUCCGUUCUCUUGCCUAGCUAUUUCGUGUUCAGCGUCGCAGGCGUUAACGUACUUUCGACACAUUGCGAAGUGAUUAUCGUCGUCAGUAUGUUUGGUGUAAGCAGCUUCGUUGGGAAAGUUUUGGGUGGCAUGUUGCCUGCACUCUACUUCAAAAUGCCUCCUGCUGAAGCAUUUUCAUUAGGCCUUGUAAUGAGUGCUCAAGGAGUUUCUGAUGUCCUACUCAUACAGCAUAGCAAAUUCACUAACCUUCUUGACAAUCAAACAUAUAGUAUAAUGGUCAUCAACAUGCUUUUGCUGUCAGGAACCUUCACGCCUCUGAUCAAAUUACUCUACGAUCCUUCCAGAGGCUACGAAUCCUGCAAAAAAAGAACCAUCCAACAUACUAGUCUUAGCAUGGAGUUUCGUGUUCUGGCCUGCAUAUAUCACCAAGAUUCCACCCCAUGUCUCAUUAGACUUCUUGAAAUUUCCAAUCCAACAGCCAAGAGUCCGAUGUGCUGCUACGUAGUCCACCUGCUGCAGCUCGCAGGCAGUUUAUCUCCACUCCUCGUGUAUCACGAGCCUGGCAAGAAUAUUAAAUUUGAGGCUAAGGAUUCCAGUCAUAUAAUAAAUGCCUUCAGAUUAUACGAGCAACAAAACCAUGGUAAUGUCAUUGUCAACUUAUUCACAUCCAUAUCGCCUUUCGCCACCAUACACGAUGAAGUUUGUAGGCUUGCCGCAGAGAAGAGAACAUCCUUGGUGAUUAUCCCAUUUCACAAGCAAUGGAGGCUUCAUGGCAUAGAAGACAUUGUAGAAGCCAGGUCUGUUAAUCGUCACAUUCUGGCAAAAUCCCCAUGCUCCAUAGGGAUCUUGGUCGAUCGAGGCACGCUAAGUGCCUCAAAAAGCAAUGAUACCUGCAACAUUGGAAUCAUCUUUGCUCAUGGAAGAGAUGAUAGGGAGGCAUUAGCCUACGGUUUGCGAAUGGCCAAACACCCUAAAGUUGCUCUCACCGUGAUCCAUUUGAUCGAUCCUGACAGGACAUCCAAGCCUUCUCUUGAUACGGAGCUUGACAAUGACAUUAUCUCCGAGUUUAAGAUCGAAACUGUCAGAAAAAAGCAGCAUUCCUACAGACAGGAAUUCGCAAAGGACUGCGUAGAACUGAUCAGGAUGAUUGGAUCUGUGGAAAAUUCAUUUGAUCUAAUUUUGGUGGGCAGAUACCAUGAACCCUUCUCACCAUUAUUUGUGGGACUUAAGGAAUGGAAUGAGUUUCCUGAACUGGGAUUCUUGGGAGACAUGCUAACAUCAUCAGAUUCCGAGUGUAAGGUUUCUGUGCUUGUGGUGCAACAACAAGUGUAUAGAACAGAAGACAGGAUGAAUAGUGCUAAAAACCUGUUGGAAGAUUCAGCGGAAACUUUACAGAUAAUUUGUGAGUCUAACAGAGGGUGGAAAGACAUAGAGAACUUACACAAGAGGGAACAUCUAUAG